GCGGGGCCGAGGGCAGGGGAGGGGACAGCGCCCGCGGCCCGCCGCCAUGGUGUACAUCUCCAACGGACAAGUUUUGGAUAACCAGAGUCGGGCUCCUUGGCGUUUGUCAUCUAUAACAGAUUUCUUCUGGUCGAUAGCAGAUUUUGUGGUUCUGUUUUUCCAGAGCAUUAUUCAACCAGAUUUGAGAAGAAGAGGCUACACAUCUUCCUCCUAUUCAGGAUACAAUGACGGAAGAGGGCCUCCAGCACAUCCUCGCCGUAGGAUGGGUCGAAUAAAUCACUGGGGUGGAGGCCCCAGUCCACCACCAAUGGCUGGAGGUGGAUGAGGAAGGUAAAUGCCUGCUGAAGAGGCAGGCAAAAGCAUACACAUUUGCAAGAUGAAAGGGAAGAAGAGUUUAGUGGUGGACCAAAUGAGUUUGAAUGUUGUAAAUGUGUAUGUCUAACUGGAAACUGUUCUGUGAUAUAAGCAGAUUAAUGAAGUUGUACUGGGAACUCCUUCUUCAAGGAUCCGGUGUAACUGAACAACAGUUUUAUUAAAUACAUGUUUACUGUCUAAAGUCUUUGUAUAGUUUCUGAACAUUUUACUGUAGUUGCAAAGUAAUAAGUAAAUUAUAUUGGGCUUGUCACAA